AAAAUAUUAAGCCUUUUCUGAUUUUUGUUUCUGUGUUAAACCGGUGAAUCAGAAACAAAUCGUAAUUGCGACGUACACAAUAAAAUUUAUUGUUUAAUAAAAAUACGAAGCGGUAGGUUUAUUUUGUUACACAUCGUACUGGAACGCACAUAGAGUCUACCAAGGCCCUAUUUAGAAUCUUGUCUAGUUCCUGAUAAAAGGUCACAUUGUAUGUGAACUAGGGGAAGUCUUCUGCUUAUCAUUUGCUUUUCAAAUGAUCACGUUUCUAAAAUUAGAACUCUAGACUAGAUCUAAAUCUCAGUACACUGUAUUACUGAAAGAGCUAAGCUACACUACAGCCUUGCCUUUGCGUAUAAAUAAUCUAUACUACAUUGUCUACAUACUAGAUCUAGAUCUAUAUGUAUAACCGUUAGGGCUAGGGCUAUGCCUAUGCUUGCAGAAUGGGCCGAAAAAGAAAACAGGUAGACACUGAGACUGGUUCCAAGACCAACCUUCCUCCAUGUCGAGUUUGUGAUGCUCCAGGGGCUGGUUUUCAUUAUGGAGCGAACACAUGUGAGGCCUGCAAGGGUUUCUUCCACAGGAGUCUAAAGCUCCAUGAACAGUACAGAUGUGAUGGAGAGGGACACUGUACUAUAGAGCAUGGUCUAGACAAGCUGUGUCAGUUGUGUCGCUAUCAAAAAUGUCUUUCAGUGGGCAUGGGGAAAGACGCUAUUAAAACUGGUAGAUACACCUCAGUGAAAAGAACAAAUGACAUUUUAGAAGUGAAGAAACUCCAACAGACAGGCAAACGUAAAGAGCCUGACAGUGCUAAUGCCAGUUCCAGCCAAAUAUUAAAACUUCUGACAAGUCCUCGUAUUGACAGUAAUUCAGGCAGCCAAAGUUCUUGUGAUAACCAAUUCAGUCAGUGCAACUCAUUUUCUCCCAGCAAUGUGAAUGUUUCACAAUUCAAAGGGAAUUUUCCAGACAAUCAAAGUUUUUCUUCUGGUACUGACCAUGGUUUAGUCCAGCUUUCAGAGUAUAGUCCCCAGACUGCUGUUAUUGAUAUUAACCCUACUCACACAGGAUAUCUUAUUAGUGAACCUUUAAUGUCUCAGAUCUCCCAAAGUGAAUUGUGCUUUCCUGAAAAGUCGUCUCUGCUAAUGGAGGUGGCUGCUGCAUCACCAAACAUGUCCCCAUUAGCCGUUUUAUCAGCCACAGCUACAGCUGUGCUGACAAGUGAACACAGAUAUUCACCGCUUACCCCUUCUGAACAACCGCAGCCAUCUGAAUCUCAGUUGCAGUCAGAAAAUGCUUUUGAUGUUUCUCCUCUGGUAUCAGUCAACGAUGCUCUCAACACACCCAUGUCUCCAUUAUCUGUGGGCACAGGUGGUCCAUCUUCAAAUUCAUCAGCAGCCUCAUCAACAUGUCUUAAUUCACAGGCUACAAGUCUAGACUGUAUGAGCUCAUUCUGUGACUCCUGCGGUUGUCACUUGAAGGACAAAGACAUCUCACUCAUGUAUGAGGAUUAUAGUAAAGUGGUAGAGACUUUGAUGGAGGCACAUGAAUGCUUUGUGGUGCCAGUGUUUGGCAGAUUAUCUCCAGAGGAGCAGCUAAGACAGCAGUUGGAACAUUUGGAAAAUUGUAGACUACAUACUGAAAUAUUUGGGACCCUCCCUCGGCUCCCAGACAAUGAGUAUGACUACAUUUAUGAAACUACUGGCUUGGACACUGAUGGACGCAAACAUAAGUAUUACCGAGCCAGCAUUUGGUUGGAGAACAUGAUUCGAGGCAUGGUGAAGUUUGCUAAGGCCAUCCCAGGGUUUGGGAAAGUGAUCACGCCUGACAAAGUGAACCUAAUUAAAUACUCACGCCAGGAAUUCUGUGUCUUUAGUAUUUACACAACACUCAACUGCGAACUUCGUGUGAUGAGAGGUGGAGAUAACGAGUGGAAGUGUGAAUACGACAUCGCCAAGGCUGGAAGUUUCACCGCUUUUAAAGAAUUCAUUGAGAAAAACUUCAAUUUUUGUAAAACUUUACAAAAUCUGAAAUUGACAGAACAAGAGCAAGUUGUGAUCAAAGCAAUUCUAAUUAUGGCUCCAGAUCGCUUCCCACCAGUUGAGUCCAGCCUAGCUCAUGAAAUCUACUGGUACUUGAUCAAGUGUCUUUUACACCUUCUUUCACUGAAUGACCCAAAGCCCAAUUUGAAGUUUGCAAAGAUCAUAAGCAGGUUAACUGAAGCCAGAACUAUGACAGAGAAUGCUAUCAGCUUCUUGAAGAAUCUGAAAAUAGAAAAGUACUCCAACAUCCUGGAGAACCCUCUGCUGAGAGAGAUGAUGGCAGGAAUCAUCUUUGACUUCAAGGAUGAUGAAACAUGAUCAAAUCCCUGACUUCAGGGAAAACACGAUCAGAUGAUCACUGACUUCAGGAAGAAACAUGUUUGGGUCACUGAUCAGGGUAAGAAACAUGAUCAGAUCAUUGACUUAGGGGAGGAGUUGAAGUGUUGUUUCUUUAUCUAUUAACUAAGCACUAGUGUAUUUUCUGAUCUCUUGGUGAUGGACUUCUCAGGUUCUGCAGACCACAUUGUCUUUCAUUGUAUGAUACAGCUGGUGUCAGCUGGAUCACUUAGAAGGAGACUUCAUAUCAUGCUAUUGCAAAGGAUCACUUUUUAUCAGUGUUUCAAAACUUGAUUUAGUUUGUUAUCAUUCAGUGGAGAAUAUAUUGUUUCAUUCAGUGGAGGAUAUAUUGUUUCAUUCAGUGGAGGAUAUAUUGUUUCAUUCAGUGGAGUAUUUAAAACAAAAAGGAAACACAAAAAUAAAUCAGUGUAUUUAUUCUGUAUCUUAAGUUCCAUAUUCAAGCAUUGAAUUUUGAGUUUUCUGUUUGCAUACUCUUCAAAAAAUAAGUUACAAAAUUAAUUAAUAUGCUUUAUACAUGUGAUUGCAUUAUAAUAUUGUUUAAAAUUAAUAGGACAUUUUAUCAAUGUAUUCUCUUAAUAACUUUGUAAUGCUUCCAUGUUAAGAAAUUAUUUUAAUACUGAAGUACUACUACUAACAUUAAAAGGAAAAGAAUGUUUUUAUAAGUCUUGUUAUCAAAAUAUCAACACUAACAGUUACUAGAAUAACAAAGAACUUAGGGCAAGAUAAAGCAUGUGAGUGUCUUUUGUACAGCGUUGGUUAGUUAGGGAGCAGUCUCUUUCUUUAAAGUAUAAAAUGAAAUUUUUUAGAUUGCCUCCUUGAAAGUUAUGUAAGGAAAAAAAAUAGCAUCAAUGUUAACUUGUGUUAGAACCAGUGGCGUCACUAGGGUUGAGACUUUAUGGAAAUAGCCUUUCUUUCCACAAAGAUUAUAAGUAGCAUCACAAGUUGGCCACAUGAAUCGUUGGUGUAUGUUUCCACAAAAGUUGCUGCACUGACUUCAUGUUCUACAGUUUGCUCUUUGACUAUCUCUGUAGCUUUGGAUAAAGCCUGUCUCCGUCAGCACGCACUCCGUUUCCGCAAGGAACUUCAGCUCAAGCAUUGUAGGCUGUAGUAUGGAAUUGUUUGCAUGCUUACGCUGUAUAGCCUCGUACGCGCUAGGUAGUGUUAUGAUAGACUUUUCUAGAAAUCUUAAUCUAAUGUUGUCAAAGUUAGUUCUGUUAUAAAAGCGUCUGUCACGAAAACAUCUCCAUGUUCUUCUGCCAUCACUGCCCUAAACACAUAUUCUCUGGUCAUGUUCCUAAGCGUUAAUUUGUUUGUCCAUUUUCUUGUAAGCAUAGAAAAUCAUGUGCCUCAUUAAAAUUUCAUUCAUGGGUUUGACAUAGAUGUUUUGAUAGUCGUCAAUGAUUUGCAUUCACUAAUAUACUGGAACACACCAGAGAAUGCAUCAGUUUCUUAUUGUCAAAUCUCACAGGAUAAGACCAAAUACAUCAAAUCCUCAAAAGUUCUUAACUAUUGAAGCCACUUCUCAGUAGCCUAGGCUCUAUGUCAAACCCAAAAGAAAGAUUGGUAAAAUCACAGACACUGGCAAUAGUCCUUAAGCUGCACUACUAGUGGCUAUAUUUUCAUUUAGAAAGAAUUCUUUCAGUUGUACCAAAAAAUGCUGUGCAAGAAGCAUUUUCUGAAAAAGAAUAUUGACCACUUAGAUUAAGUGAACACCUUCAUCUGAUUGUUCUUUCAAUUACCUGUACUACUUCAUGGAUUCCAGACAUUGAAGCUGCAUUGACAUCCCUGAGCUUAACACAUCUUAAGUCAAGCUCAUUCCUUUCCAGGCAUUAUAAAAUAUCAGAACUGAUCUCAUCAGCUUUUUUCUCUAAGAAAUCACUGGUUUAAGUUUCUUCUUGAGUGUGGACGAUUCUGGAGGGGCAAAGUUUACCACAGUUCAUGCAUGUGAAUGCAUCUGUUUUAUGGAAAUUGCUUUUUAGCUCUUGCUUUUUGUGUGCAACUCUCAAGUUGAAGCAGCACUUAAAAUAUUGAAGGAAAUCUCAUGGACUUUUCCUUUGUCUUGGCUAAAGCCUUACAGUCUUCUGAAAUAGAUGCCUUACUUUUAUUACAUCAUUAUCUCUAUAAUCUCCAUUGCUUCUUGCAUACUUUGUGAUUGAACUGAAUUCACUUUGAGAUUUGGGGAUAACUUGAUGUCUCAAGACUGUUGUCAUUUGAUCAACAUUGACUAUCUUUUGGUCUUCUGAUAUAACUGUGCUAAUGCAACUAUUUAAAAUAUCUUGGUUGAAAACAGUUCUUUAAAUCAAAGCAGUCCUCAUAUCUUUGUAAAUGAUACAUACUUGAAAGUAUGGUUUAAAAUUUUGUUGGUGAUAUAAAGAAUGGUGUAAUGUUAAGGACAUUUUGAUGAAAUAAAAAAAAAAUUAUACAAAAAAUAUAGGCUCUAUAUAUUUAUUGUGUAUAAAUAUGUUCAUGUAUCUAUCUACUGACACAAUAUUUUUUUCAUAUCGUCUGCUAUUGAAAAAUUACUUUUUCCUGGUGGGUAUCUCCUGGUCUGACAUGUAGUCCUUAGUGAAGCCACUGGUUAGAACUAUAAUAUGUAAACCACAUUUACAAGUUACUAACAGUAGUUUAAUUGAUAGACAUUGUAUUUGUCUGUUCUUAUGAGUUCUUUAUUUGCACAUUUAUAUUUGUUUAUUACAUAGCUACUUUAUUUUUUUUUAAGACCACCACCCAAAAAUGUAAAUUUUUUGUCCAUCUCCAAACAGUUUUUUGAACUGAACAUGGUUUUUCAAACUAUGAACAUGUUAACUUUAUUAUCUUAUCUUAUAAUAAGCUAAUCUCUUUAUUACACAAGGCACAAAGCUGACCUCAAUAAAAUAAACUGUGAAACUUCUAGCAAACAAUAAAGUUACACAAAAAGUUUGAAACCCAUAAGACCCCAGAACAAUUGUAUUACUACCCAGCACAAAUGUAAAAUGCUUGUCAUGGUUGAUUGAGCAAACAUGUAGACUGUGCUCUUCCAUCCUUCCAAACUUGAUCAGGGUGUGAACUCAACAUUUGAAAACAAAACAUCUGCCAUUCUGAACUAUUGAAAUUUGAGUCACAAUUUCAUUGUGUGUGUUCUGUUAUCAUAAAGAAGAAUGUUACUUCAAUGUUUUAGCAUCAGUUUCAUUAGGUCGCUUUGUGCAUGGAAAUCACACUGUUGGCGGAACACAUUGGCAUAUGUCUUUCAUUUCUGUUAUCUUUGUACAGUUCCGAAAGCUAAAAGUUGGGAUUAGUGAAAUUUUCCAUCUAGGACUACUCAUCAAAACACCCUCCAAAAUUAAAAAUAAGAACAAUGAAGUUUCUCUCUUUUAGUUUCAUGUGUGUUUUCUUUGUGAUUCUAUAGUUACUGCUGAAACUUUCACCUUCCAGACAGAGCAGUCUAAUAUUUCAAGGUUGAAAUCUAAAUCUCAUGUAGUGGAUGUGUUGCAUUCAUUACAAGAGCUGAUUGUUUACCAGUUAAUAUUAAUAUCUUGACUUUAAAGUGAAAUGGGCCAUCACUUCCAGUGUAAUUCUGAGUAAACAAUUGAGAGCAUCCCUGGGAUUUGUGUUUAAAGGUCCAUCUUACAAGUUGUUUUGUUUUUAGGUCAGCCUAGGAAAGUAGAUCACAUUGUUGUAUGAUCUCCUACUUUGCUUUUGUACAAUGUUUAAAUGAAAUAUCACAGCUUUAUUUUACUUGUUUUUUUUUUUUUUAUGUGUACAAAAGUUAUUGCAACACUAAUGCAGUGUAUUCAAACAUAUAUUGUAAUUUAAAGACAAAAUAGAAUUUAUAUCAGAGCUGCUGAAAUCUUCCAAAGUCUAUAGAGUUUAAAGAAUUUUGUUCAAUGUUUUUGUUUCCCAUUGAAGAAUUGAUCAGGUUGAGAACUACUUUUGAAAGUUCCUUUAUAAUUUAUUUAUUUUCAUUCUUUCCUUUUAUUUUACUCUCAGUAUUUUUACAGUAUUCUUAUGUGACAGCAUUCCAUGAUAUAAUAGUUUUCCAUUAUGGCUUCCUGGUAUUUUUUUUUUUAUCUAUUUGGACCAGUGACUUGGUGGUCAGAGUUAGGUUACAUAAACCUCUUUUUCUAUGAUAUCUGUUCUAUGCCAUGAAUAUUUCAUCAUCUACCUAACUAGCCAGCCACCCAACCAGCAACAUAAUCAAUUUCAUGUUUCUAGAUAAGCCCAAAAAUAUAUUUGAAUGUGAACCUAUUAAUGUCAAGCACAUUUACAUGGUGAACUAUGAAAAAAUGCAAUUUCUCUAAGUUAAUGGCUGGCAUUAUACUAAUAAUUUCUAAUUAUAUAACCUUUUAAUUAUUCAGAUUUUUUGUUUGUUUGUUUGCUUUGCUCUGUCUUAUAAUUAUUGUUCUCAUUGAUGUAUUUACCUAGGCUAUAACUUACCACCAAAAAAAUGUUUCCAGGGAUAUAUUGAAUCAUUUUGAAAAAAAAAAAAGAGGUAAGGAAACAUUGUCUUACAAGGGUCCCCUUAUCUCAAAUAGCUUCUAGGGCCUUUUAAAAUCUGAAUCUGGUCCUGAUUGUUCUUUCUUCCUUCUAUUAAAUCUUUUCAAGCAUCUUGUCAGUACUUCAUACACAGCCACUGCGCUUCGAAUGUUCACCUUAUCAUAUUAUUUAUCUUAUUAUUUGUGUGUAUUAAAUAUCUGUACAUAGUUAUUCUGAAAUGUUAUACACAUUAUAGAGAUGGUUAUCAGCAAUCAAGAGUGAACUGUCUGUUGUGUUUUGUUGCUAAAAUGACUGUUUCUUAAACAUGACAAAUUAAAAUAGUUUGUUAUACUG